AAUUUGAGACCACAGGCGACAACGAAGCCAUAAUUAGAUACAACAACAACAUAAAUAGUCCAUAACGUGAAUUUUGCAGUAAUUUAAUGUUAAUGUCAAUUAACAUGCGCUAAAGGGGCUACAUCAAAAGUCAUGAUGUGCAAAAGAUUGGUGUACUGCGACCCACCUGAUAGUGACACUAAGCUGGUAACAUUCUGAUGGUUUUAAUUAUGCUGUGAAGUCGUCAUGCUGGCAGGAUUUUUGAAGAAAAAAAUUCAUGUGUUCAAGAAGAUACCAUUACUGGUGAUUUUAGGAAAAGGCGGUCCAGGUUCAAAGAGGAAAAGACAGUGGGAUGCUGUUAAAGAUGAGACUGGUUUUCCACCAUUGUCCAACUAUGUGGCCCUGGAUUGUGAGUUUGUUGGAGUGAGGAAUGACGAGAGCUGUCUAGGUCGCUGCAGCAUAGUGGACAGUGAGGGUCGGGUACUGUGUGACCUGUACGCGAUGCCAGAGGACCCGAUCACUCACUACCGAACCCCAUGGAGUGGCAUCACCAGAGGCCACAUGAAAAAUGCCUUCCCAUUGGAGUUAGCUCUUGCCAAGAUAUCAAACAUACUGCAGGGUAAGAUAGUGGUGGGUCACGACCUGAGGAGGGACUUCAAUGUGCUGGGUUUCCAACCACAGCCUGAGUUCAUCCGGGACACCAGCACAUUCCGAGGCAUGAUGGGCCCAGGAGCAAACAGGAGGUCCCUCAAGAGUCUGGCCCUUGAACACUUAGAUCUCCAGAUUCAAGUGGGUCCCCACUGUUCCAUACAGGAUGCCCGUGCCGCCAUGUCUCUGUAUAGACUUGUACGACAUGAGUGGGAAACCAAUAGGCUGGCUGAAAACUCCUCCAAGAAUGGAAACCAGGGUGACUGGCUCAGCUAUGUUAAUAGAACAAUGACAGAUACAUGGACCAAAAUGUAUGGAAUUUGUUUUAACAUAAAAGAUGUAGAAGCUGAUGUCGUUGCAGAGGACAAAGAUAUCAGUGGAUUGGGAGGAAAUGAAAAUGUAGACCGUAUUGCAAAUGAUGACUAUUGGGUCAUAAAGAAUCCUAGAGAUUAUAAAGUGGGCUUAUCUAAUAUACAGCAAGUUUUUUUCGAAAACUCAGAAAGUAAACUGUCUGUUCUUAAUAAUAAGAUUAAAAUGGAUAGCGGUGUUGUUAUAAAAGCUAAGUCUAUAACAACUAAGAAAAGUAAAAAAAACUUUUGUGGAUUCUAGUGCAAUAUAUAUCUUACUCACAUGUGUGAUGUUGUAAUGAAGUGGCUAAGGACAAAGUUUCAAAAAGUCUGCAACCAAAUGAUUUUUCUUAAAACCAUAUUGAGUAAUCGUCCACUGUGAACCAUUUGUACAAUGACAUGUUCUAGCCAGAGUCUGAGGCAAGUUGAAAAAAGUGUUUUGCUCAUGGGUUUGGGUAUUUGUUAAACUUGACAGAAUUUAAUGUUAAUACGUCAUAGAUGUUACUGGUAACGUAAACUAGAUGGAGCUCUCAUCUGUCAGGUCAUGAACCACCACUAUCUUUAAAACUAUUGAUGUGUUAAUGUUUUAUGAGAGGAAUGUAUUCAAUGCCAAUAUUUGAAAUACAAAAAACAAUUGUUUUGAAUUUUUAUAAUUACUUCAAAAUAAACUAAUAGUAUUAGCAAAUGUAA